ACCUUUGAUCUCUCAUUCGCAUCACCAACCAGCGCUAGAGCUCUCCGAUCCGAUCUACAGCCAUGUACGCUUCUCCGGCCAACCGCGCCGUCGGUCCUCCUCCGACCUCCCUCGCUCGCUACGGCUCCGCCCCCGGCUCCCUCCUCGCCUCCAUCACCGAAUCCAUCCUCUCCUCAGACGACUUCUCUUCCUCAUCUCCCGCCCUCGGAUUCGAUCCCCAGAUGUCCCGAUUCUUCUCCCCCGAUUCCUCCUCCGAGUCCACCUCCCCUCCUAAUCCCCUCCCUUAUCCCAUCCCCCCGAUUCCAUCCUCCGCCGCCGCCGCAGCUCCCGUCGCUGAUCCCCGCCCUCAGCUCAUCCGCCAUAGCAGCUCCCCGGCCGGGUUCUUCUCGCAUCUCAUGGUCGAUAAUGGUUAUUCUGUUUCAAUGGGAAUUGGAAACUACUCACAAGGCAGUAGAGAUGGUGUGCAUGCAAUGGCAAAUAAGAGGGUGCAGUCACAGUUGAGUUUUUCAAGACAGGAUUCACUUUCUCAGAUAUCUGAGAUCAGUAUUGCAGAAAUUGAAGAGAGUAUUGUUAGUGGAAAAAAUUCAGAUGAUGUUGUUGCUCAGGCUUACAUGUCUGGUAACUAUCAGUUAGGUUCAUGGGAUGAAACUAAUUCUAUUGUAUUUUCUGCUCCUCCGAGCAAACGGGUUAAAGAUAACAAUGGCGAUGUCAUUCCUUGUCUCAAUAACAUUGAGUCUCAGUUUAGCUUGCCAAAGACAUCGCUGGAGAUGGAGAAGCUCCUGCAAAGCCCACAAGAUUAUGUUCCUUUUAAAGUCAGAGCUAAACGGGGUUGCGCUACGCAUCCGCGAAGCAUUGCAGAGAGGGAAAGGAGAACAAGAAUCAGUGAGAAGUUGAGAAAGCUGCAGGAGUUUGUGCCAAACAUGGACAAGCAAACAAACACAACAGACAUGUUGGAGUUGGCUGUUCAGCACAUCAAGGCACUGCAAACACAAGUUCAGAAACUCAGUGAAGAGCGAGCUAACUGCAAAUGUGGAAGCAAGAUAGAGAUGCCUUGAGUUAUCAAUCUUACUGUACAUAAGCACCUGCUUGAAAAUUUGUAUCACUAGUUACAUUUUUCCCUUGGUGGGAAGCAGUUCAAGAGUUUCCCACAUGUAUCAUUUUGCUUAGAUAAAUAGUCACAAUAUAAUAAGAGAAGCAGGUAAGUAUGAUUGAAA